AUGGCCAACAUCCAGAACCCGACAGCCCCUCAGCUCUCCGAGGAGGACAGGAAGAAGCAGACCUGGGGCGAGUACGGGAAGCAGGUCUACAACGAGCAAUACGAGCGGUGGAUGCCCUGGAUCGAGGACUUUUACCUGCGCUGGUUCACCCGCGACAACAAGACCAGCUACGCCGCCAAGGACACCCUCGACAAGUCCAAGGUGACCGGCGUCAAGCAGGUCGACCAGCUGCAGGACGGCGUCAAUAACCUCGUCGCCGGCCAGCUCGGCCAGGACGGCCUGCUGAAGCCCGUCGGCGACGCCGUCUCCAAGGAGGGCGUCAACCGCGCCGAGCGCCAGGGCAAGGACGACAGCGGCAGCUACGCGCCGGGACCCGCGGGCAGUGUUGUCAACCCGAUCGCCCAGGGAGGCCAGAAGGUCGGCGGUGGACUUGUCGACGGCGGCAAGGCGGCUGGGGGAUACGUCGGGGGGCUGUUUGGUGGCGGGAAGAAGUAA